AUGGCGGAAGCAGUUCGCCCCGUCAAGAAAAAAAAGAAGGCGAAAAAAUCGCACACAGAAGGCAGAGGAAAGCUUGGAAUUGUUGGAGAAGCUGUAGCUGAAAAGGAGAGAGGUAUAUUUACCGUUUUAAGGUUCUGUUCAUGUUAAAUAUGGUUUAAAAUAGAAUUUUAUGCAUGACAAAGUUAAUGUUGUUAUUGUUUGUCGCGUGACAGCCUCAAUAAUAUAUGUAUUAUUUUGCAUGUUUGAUGACAAAUGUUAGGUUAUUAACAUUGCAUUUUGCUCGCAUUACUGUCCUUAGAUUCAUUUUGACCAAGGUAGCAGCCCUUGCACAAUAUAAAAUUCCAUUUUACCUACCAUCAUAAUGACGUCAUUUUUGUACUUCGUAAUGAUAAAGUUUGAUAAAGUGUACAAAUAUGUCCUCAAAAAUACUUGUUACUACGUUGGCAAACCAUUUGCAGCACAGUAAUAGAGUCUACCAUUACCAUUAGAGCUUUCAAAAUUAAAUAAGAUUUGUAAACAUAAUUGCCAGUCUUCUAUUAUACCAGUAAUUAAUACUAAUACAUGGUAUAUCCAGAAUUACUGUGAAGUGUACCAUUGUACAUCACUGUAAUUGUGUAACAUUGUGCAUCACUGUACAUUGUACAAUCUAACAGGAUUAUUAAAGGUUUAUUCUAGUUAAAACCAAGCAAAAGUUAUUUUAACCUUUUUCAACUUAUAUUAGACACUGCAACGAGGGAACAUGAUAUUUUUGUGGCUGAUGAAAACAAAAGUACUGAAGUCUUUGCCCCAGAAACAUCAAGUUCUAUAACACCUGAACUAGAGACAAAUGUUGGUUCAGAACAAUCAGAAGGACAGCCUAAAACUGAUAAAUUAUAUGAAAGUACUGUUAUCCCUUUUGAAACUGAAAAUUCUGAGCAAAAUGUCAACCCUGAGCAGUUCAAUUUAGAAGGGCAACAUAGAGUAGAACAACAUGAAAAUAUUGUUGCUAUUGAUGAAACUGAAAAAAAUUCUGAGCAAGAUGUUGCACAGUCUGAAUCAGGACAGCUGAGUUUAGAAACUAAAAAAGUUUCGGAUGAAGAGUUGGCCGAAGAUGAGGAACAUGGAGGGAUAAAUGUUGAUGAUAGUAUACACAGAGGGACUAAUGUUGAUAAUGAUGUUCAUGAAGGGAUUGAUGAGGGUGUAGUAGAUGUUAAAGAAUCUAGCAAUGAUAACAUUUCUGAGGGACAUUUGGGGAUUAUCCGGGAUCAGGAUGAUAUUAGAGAUGAAGUUGGGGAGUGUGAUGUAGAUGUACAAUCAGAUGAACAUGAGGUGUCACAGAGGGAUAAUGAAUGUCCAACAAGCACUACCGAUACAGUUGUACAGGAUGAAGCAACCAUUGAUACAAGGGUUCAGAAUGAGGCAAAUAUUGAUAGUCGUGAACUUGAAGGGAAAUUUGAAGAAGGCAGGUAUGAUGAUAAUGAGGGACAAGAUAGGUCAUUUGAGGUACCAGGUGAAGUUUCUAAUGAUACUAGAGAAAGAAUGGAAGAAAUGGAAGACAGAACAGAAGAUAUACUUGUUGUGUCUGGAGAAGAUUUGGGGAGUCGAGAGAACAGAGUUGAUACAAAAGCUUUUGCAUUGAAACCUGCAGCUCAAAGUGAAGUAGUGAGAAGUGAUGAAGGGACUUCAUUAUCUGCUACUCCUCAAGAGGCACAUUUCAGCCAGUCCCAAGUAAGCUCUAUGGCAGAGCAAAGUCAGCCAGAGAGUAUUAUGCAGGGACGAAAUUUGUAUGGACAUAUUCAUAAUAUUUUUGGCAAGCAACAAGGUGAGGCAUUUAUUGAAUUGUAUAGAAAUGUGGCUUUUGAAAAGAAGAAAAAAAUGUAGUUUGAUUUAUAUACUAGAGACUGAUAGUGUGUGUGAUAUUUUCUUUUCAAACACAAGUUUCAACGAGUGCAAGAGAAACCGUAACAGCCUUCACCGAAGAUGACUUGAAAUCGUUUUACUACAAUCCAGGUCUUGUGUAUGUCGAAGAUUCCGUAGAGGAUUUUAUAACGGUAAAUUUAAAACACUGCUUGACAUUGGAGAGACAGUUUGUGUGUGAAACGUUAAUAUUGACAUUUAUAAGCUGUAUCCUGAUAAAUUACAUCAUUCUUCUUUAGGAAACUUUGGAACCCAGACGUGAAAGUGAAUUUUACGAGCUGUUAAAUACGUACCAAAAUAUGUCCAAAAAUUUACACAAUGUCAAAGCAGAUAUCCAGGUACUGUAUGCAAUGUAGCCAGAGUAAAUAUUUUUACAUGCUAAAAUUAUCCCACUUUUCCUUAUUACUGAUUGGUGUUUGGCCAUUAUGUUUUCGGGCCUGUUUAUACGAUUCUGGUGGGAACGGCCACCGGAGUCCUGUCUAAGGGGAUGGAAGCUGGAUCAUGUAAACAACACUCACUAGGGUUUAUAUUACGAGCAGGAUCUCGGCAACUGUCCCGCCUAGCUAGGAUCAUAUAAACAGGCUCAGUCACAUUAAUAUAUACCAGCAGAAUAUUUAGAAACACUGAUUUUGUUCAUAGAGUUUACAGAAGAAAUGUAUUGAUCAAAAGAAAACCAUUUGGUCAACAGAAACAAAAACUGCCACAGUCCAGGUAAGAUUAAUGACAUUUGCUCUCAUCUUGUUACUCUUCCAAUAGCUCAUAGACAUUUGAUCUCCACUACCUCCAAUCUCUUCUUCUUUCACUGCCCAAGUCUCGACACCAUACAGGAUCACUGGGCCAUAGAUUAGGAAAUGAAUAGAUGGCUCACUCCUUUGAUGUUUUUGACGCUGCCGGCACCCACGCAUGUUCUUGCCAGAGUAAUGGCGGCCUAGCAAGUAACUGUAGUAAAAUGCAUUGUGAAAUUGACAUCGGUGCUACUAAAUUCUGUAUUUUUAUAAUUCUGAUUUAUUUUUCCAUUUAACCCCCCCAAAGCGGAAAAAUACAGGAUUUAGUAGCACGGAUGUCAAUUUCACAAUACAUUUUAUUAUAGUUCUUGCUAGGCCGCCAUUACUCUGGCAAGAACAUGCGUGGGUGCCGGCAGCGUCAAAAACAUCAAAGGAGUGAGCCAUCUAUUCAUUUCCUAAUCUAUGACUGGGCUUACCAUCGUUUUGUACUUCGGCAUCUUCAGUCUCAUUGGCAUCCGUUUGUCAAAUAUUAUUCCACUAAUAUUCCUCCAUGUAUUCCCCACAGUCUUGCCUGCAUCUCUCUAUCCAGAUCACCAUUCUUCUGUAGCCAAAAUGUACCACAUUUUUACCACAAUUUUUGCUAGGUUAUUUCUGUGCAGUGCUGUAGUUGUAGCGUGCUAGCGAAGAAUUCAUAGUUUUUUGUUGAUCUAUGUUUUCAGGGUAUGUGUCGUGAUCUACAGAAAGUGUCUUAUACGCAUUCUUAUGAUAUGGCUGUAUUCAACUCAGAACAAGCUAAAGAAAUGAGCAGAUCUUUGGACACUUUGAAAAGUACUGUACACGAGGUACUGUAUGAUAUUAUAUGUACACAUUGUAUAAUUCUACAACGUUAAACAAAAGGCUAAAUCAUCACACAUAAAUUUAUAAUUAUAUUCUAGACGUUUACCCUAGCGAAGUAUUCUUGUGAGUUGGCUCGAAUCCACAUUAUGUCAUACAUAUAUGAACUUCACGCGCAAUCCCUCUACAGAGAACAGUUUAGAACUGAUAGAGCUAUCCAGUAUAAAAAGUUAGUUUACAGGUAGUUUAGGUUUCCUUCUGUAGUAACACUGAAUCAAUAAGAGAUGAUUCUUACUGACCUCUAGAGAGAACAGUUUAGAACUGAUAGAGCUAUCCAGUAUAAAUAAAGUUAGUUUAGUUUAGGUUUCCUCCUGUAGUAACACUGGAUCAAUAAAAGAUGAUCCUUACUGGACCUCUAAGAAGAAAAGUUCACAACUGAUAGAGCUAUCCAGUAUAUAUAAAGUUAGUUUAGUUUAGGUUUCCUUCUGUAGUAACACUGGAUCAAUGUGAGAUGAUUCUUACUGACCUCUAGAGAGAACAGUUUAGAACUCAUAAAUCUGAUCCAGUAUAAAUCAUGCUCCACAUUUUUCAAUUUAGGUUGCAUUACUGUUACGAGUGGCGACUCUUCCAGAUCACGUGUUUAUCUUAAACCACGUGCUACGAUGUCCACCUGGGAUAACCCGGAAGCUGGCGCACUUUGUUCAACCUCUACUCUUGCAAACCUGGUCCCCGGAUGCAAGCUAUGAUGAAUAUUUCUGGCAUAAUCCACUCUUACAUCAUUAUGUUACGAUGUUGGCGAACUUGUUGCUGCCAAUAAAGUAUGUCUAUGUCAAAUUAUCAUUGGUGCUUUGAGUUUGAACCAAACCUUUUUUAAAAAGUCUGCCUUGUGACGUAGUUUGUGGAUUAAUACGAUCAUUUGGCCAAUCAGGCAAGCCAAAUGGCUGUGCGGGGUUUUUCUUUAUCCCCAAACUCCGUCACAAGGCAGACUUUGUAAAAAACUCUAUACUCUAUAGAGCGUUUGCACUCAUUCCCCAGGGAGCAACUCAACAAAAGCCAUGGCGGCCAUGUUGGUGUUCCAGACAAAAGAGUCUAAUUAAAAUUCUUUUGAAUUGGAACACCGACAUGACGGCUAUGAUGUCAUGUGCAAACGCUCUAUAUUCUCUCACUGGUAAUUUCAUACUUUUAUCUUUUUAUUGCCCUUUCUUUCUAAGAUUACGAGAGAAAUACUUGCUGCAGAUGAAGUCUAUUCUUUCUCCUGAUGGUUCAGGUACUAAACAUUACUUGCUUUAAUGCCAAAUUUUAUUAGUUAAGUCCUGGACUUUGCGUGCAAAAACGUUUCAUUGAACUUGAUAGAAAGUCCAAAGAUUGUUUCUUGGGUAAUGGUCGACGAGGAUGGAGAAGAGGUACGUACGGGUUUCACUUUGAAAACCCAUAGGUUGAAGUAACUAGCUUUACUUAUACUAGAUCUAGUAUCAUCUCUUAUUUCAUGUCUUAUUACAGGAGGAAACCUAAACUAAACUAACUUUAUUUAUACUGGGUAGUUCUAUCAGUUCUAACUUGCUCUCCCUAGAGGUCCAGUAAGGGUCAUCUCUUAUUACAGGAGGAAACCCAAACUAAAUUAACUUCAUUUUUACUGGGUAGCUCUAUCAGUUCUAAACUGUUCUCUCUAGGAUUUGAACCUUGAAGAAUCUUGGAUGUUAAUACCUGAGAAUGAUUUCGUGGCGUUGUUUUCUCAGUUUGCAUUUGAUGAUUUAUAUAAAAUCAUCUUUGGAGGCGAUAAAUACGACGGUAGUACAUUAAAUAAUUUUUUUAUAUUAAUUAACUAACUUUAAGAGAAGGUCAGGGUCGUAGCGACCAGGUGUGGGUAGGGAAUGUUCACCCCACCCCCAUACUGUCACAGACGGUCCAUUAUCGGAAGUUUAGUAGUGACCACAAAGCCUCUGACGUUCCGCCUUCAUUCGAGAGUGUUUUAAAUCUUUUUUAGACACCAACCACGGCAGCUCAAAAUAUUUUCUUUCAUUUGAAAUCGUUUCUUUAGGCCUUCAUCCUCCUGUGUCUUGUGGUCGUCAAUCAGCGAAAAAUGUCAUGCAAGUGUUUGCAUUCUCAACGUGUUUAAUUCAAAUGUUGGGCAAGGCUUUCACGUUGUACAGUAUGAGACGAUAUAGAGAAUUUGUCAAGAGACUUGGCCGCGCUAUCAGGUAAAAUUUGACCGUGUUUUCAGGGUUGGUGUUUUCAGGGUCGGUUGUUUUCAGGCUCGGUGUUUUCAGGGUCGGUGUUUUUCAGGCUCGGUGUUUUCAGGGUCGGUGUUUUCAGGGUCGGGUGUUUUCAGGGUCGGUUGUUUUUCAGGCUCGGUGUUUUCAGGGUCGGUGUUUUCAGGGUUGGUGUUUUCAGGGUCGGUUGUUUUUCAGGCUCGGUGUUUUCAGGGUCGGUGUUUUCAGGGUCGGGUGUUUUCAGGGUCGAUGUUUUCAGGGUAGGUUGUUUUCAGGGUCAGUGUUUUCAGGGUCGGGUGUUUUCAGGGUCGGGGUUUUCUGUUGUUAAUUUAGCACGAUAGUGAUGCACGUCUCUCGAUAUUGGUCUGCGUACAAGUCUGAAUACGUGAAUAAGUACGGUGACAAUGAGAUCACGUUUCAUCUUGCGUUUGGGUCAGAUUACUCCUUGGAAAAACUACAGUUGGAAUAUGAUCAGUUCUUUAUCAGAGCAUCACAACAGAUUCUCUCUGCUCACAAGUACGUUGUUAAAUUCUUCUCUGAAGAAGUGGACUAAAACUUGCGGAACACUAAAAUCUGUUGCUUCAUUUAUUUGGUUAUUUCAUAAGUAACAUUUAAACUGAUUUAAAGUUUUACGUGCGUAUACGUACAAUGAACAUUUGUUGUGAUAUUAUUUAGGCUUGGCGUAUGGCAAUUUCUUAUUGAUAUGCCGUUCUACAGUCUGUCCUCCAAGAUGACCUGGACUUGCUAUCGUUUCCUACACAGAGGAACGACAGAUAGAGAUUCGUUUAGCUCUCUUUCCGAAUACAUCUCUUCACAUAGUGAUCAAAAUGGUAAAAUCCACUCAAUCUUUUCUUGUUUCUCAUAUCAGGCCGAAGAAAUUAUUAACCUUUUCUACUUUUCCUUUAGAAAUUUCAAGUUUGCUAGAAAGUUUUAAAACGAUGACCGAAUCUGAAAUUGUAUUUUUGUUGACGACAUUUUCGAACAUGGCAAGAGCACGUCCGGUUCAAGACAGUGAUUUUAUUAAUGCUGUAGUUCGUGAAAUAUACGAGGUAUGUAUUUGUAACAAUGUGUAA